UGGACGUCUGGCUGUGCAGUUUGAUGGCCCUUGUGACCGUCGCCCUGGGGUGGACCAGUGCGCAGAGUGCCCUCAACCACACCAGGCCGGUCUUCCAAUGUGGGGGUCACCUGGUGACGGACUCAGGCUUCGUAGCGAGUGAGGGCUUCCCCAACCAAUACCAGCCCAACAGUAAAUGCACCUGGUACAUCACCGUCCCGGCGGGCCACGUGGUCAUGCUGUCCUUCCGGCUGUUUGACAUGGAGGCGGACGCCACCUGUCGCUACGACUACCUGGACGUGUUCAACGGACACACGCGCCUGGUGCAGCGGCUCGGACGCUUCUGCGGGACCUUCCGGCCCGGGGCGCUGAUCGCCACCUCCAACACCAUGAUGCUCACCAUGGUGGCCGACGGCAGCACCGCCGGACGCGGCUUCGUGGCUUUCUUCAGCGCCGGGAAGCCCCACGUGGAAGAGAACCAGUUCUGCGGGGGCCGGCUGACCAAGGAGCAGGGCUCCGUCCAGACACCCAACUGGCCCACCUCUGAUUACCCAGCAGGCAUCAGUUGCUCCUGGCACAUCUCUGUGGAGCCCAGUAAUGUGAUCGAGGUGAAGUUCGCCAAACUGGACUUGGAGCCUGACACCUACUGUCGCUACGACUAUGUGGCGUUCUUCAAUGGUGGCGAGAGGGACGACUCGCGGCGCAUCGGGAAGUUCUGCGGGGACACGGCGCCGGGAACCAUCGUGACCAACGGCAACGAGUUGCUGGUGCAGUUUGUGUCCGACCUCAGCGUGACCUCUGAUGGCUUCAUGGCGUUCUACUCCAGCGUGCCCCGGGGGGCGCGGGCCCCCGGCCCUGGGGGGGACUUCAUCUACAGCCCCAACACGGUCUCCAGGACCCAGAGACCAGCAACCCAACCCACCCCCAAGCCCACCAGACCCACCCCCAAGCCCAGACCGAGACCUGGGACCAGACCGGCAGCCAGACGCCCUGUAGCUAAACCUAAAGCUAAACCCAAAGCAGCUAAACCUAGCGCUAAACCCAAAGCAGCUAAACCUAGUGCUAAACCUAAAGUAGCUAAACCCAAAGUAGCUAAACCCACCCCCAAACCUAAAGUAGCUAAACCCCCCGCUAAACCCAAAGCAGCUAAACCAACUCACAAACCCAAAGUAGCCAAACCCACCGCUAAACCAAAAGUUGCUAAACCUAAGGCGUAUAAGCCCAGGAUUAAAACUACAGCAAAGCCAUGGCCUACUUUCAAACUUAAAGCCACGGCAAAAACGAAGUUGAACAAGUUCAAACCGACGCCAAAACCAAGCAUGAAAUCUACAGUAAAGCCCUCGAAAGCUAAAGCUAAGGUUAAGCCCACCCCAAAACCGCUAGCCACGCCAGUGAGGCCGACUCAUAAAGGAGCGGUUCAAAUCGGCGCUAAACCCGUGGUGAAACCUAACAUCCAACCAAAGGGCAAGCCUAAAGUUCCAGCUAAACAUGUAGACGGCAAGACCACGACCAAGAAACCAGCCCUGAUUAAGAAACUUCUAGCAUCUGUGAACCCGCAGUGUAACCAAGCGUGCAAACGAAUAGGAACCCUGCAGUCCAACUUCUGCCCACAGGACUACGUGAUCGCGGGCAGGGUUUCCUCUCUGACGCCCGGGGCCAGGGGCAGCGUGGUGGCGGAGGUGUCCGUUAUCAAGGCUUACAAGACAGGAGGCCUGAAGCUCCUCAAGACCGGUCCCGCCGUCUCCGUAAAGCUCAGCUCCACCUGCAGGAGGUGUCCUGGGCUGCAGACAGGUCGGACCUAUGUGUUGAUGGGGAAGGUGGACUCCCAGGGUGGAGGACUGCUGACGCCCUCCAGCUUCACUCUCCUCUAUAAGCCCGCCCACGCCAAGGCGCUGGCCAAUUACGUCCGGAAGACCUGCUGACAUCACUGGCCUGGUCACUAACCAGAGAAGCAAUGCUGUCCCUACCUCACCUUUACACUCAAAUAGAGGGGAAAUAGGGUCAUAAACAUCCUGUAUGAAUGACUAAGGGUAGAAAUACUGACGUCAACAAUAUGAAAACGUUUUAGAACGUUAAGAGAGAAAUAAACGUAACAGAAGAUAUUAGAAGAUAUUUUGUAUGUACAUUUUAUUUCUGUGAUUAAACGAUGCAUAUCAUUUAUCGAAAGGCAGUGGUUGGUAUAUCUUCACCGUUAACUUUAACAAUGUUCAUACAUUGUAUCAGAUUUAACUUAAAACAUUGAAAGAUUC